AUGGCUACCACUUUGUCCACACCCGCUCGUCAGCCCUUUGGCGUACUGAAUGAGUCCAAGCUGCGUCAUCUGCAGAGCGUGAAGAAUCGUCAGAAUGCCAUCAUUCCAUCAUCUUUGUUGAAACGUCGUGCUGCCUCACCCGACGAUUCCGACACUGAGAACGUCGACCCCAAAUCAUUCGACCUCAAGCGCAAGAGGGCGACUCUCGAUGACGAUGUCUCUUUUUCCAAACCUAAGCCCGCUCGCUACAGCCUCUCUACAAUUCCAGCUCCUCAAGGACCACGAGUCCUCCCAGCUACUCCUCGCAUUGAUACCGUUAAUAAGAGCACCACGCCUGCAACCGCUCCCGCCGCUGCCGGACGUUCUCCCACCCGCAAACGCCAGAGCCUUUCACAGUCUCGCCGUCGCUGGGCUCCCCCCGCUCUUGGCACCAGAUCGCCAUCCCUCUCUAUCACGGCUGCCCUCAACGGUACCCUCGCUCACAAGAAGUCACGCAAAGUCCGUACUCUCGAAGAUUCCAAGCCCAAGUCAUGGUUCUUCGACAUCUAUGAGGAGCCCGAAGCCGUUCAGCACGACCGUAUGAACGAUUGGACCAUCUCGCAAUCCGCAACCAAUCUGCUCGACAUCUCUGACGACGAGGGCAAACUUGGGAAGUCUCUUGACGACCGUGGCAAGGAGAACAUUGACCCGAAUGAAGUCUACGCUCCCCUCACACGGUCGAUGGCUGCCGCCAAAGCCGCAAGUGACGAACUCAAGAAGGACGUCAUGGCUGAUGACCGCGUGCCACUAGGCGAGAUGGACCCCUCGCACUAUUAUCCCGCAGGUCUUGACGCAACUUCUGUCGUGCUUGUUCAAGAUGACGUGUCCGACGCGCAGCCAGCCGAGCAGCAAUCCGCAGAAGAGCCUGCCCCUGCGGACGCCACCUCCUUUACCUUUGAAGCAGAGAAACCCCUGCCCGUCGACAUUGAUUCUGAGAACAUCAGAGCGGUCAUCAUGUCAUCAGUGCCUAACUGGGAAGCCCAGCCUCUCGUCGAAGCUGAGCAAGCUGCCGAGCCGAACGAAAUUCCUCGUCUUGAGCCAGACGAGGAACUCGAGAUCUGGGAGAGCGAGAGCGCCAAAGACGAGAACGAGAAGCACGGCGACGAGAGCAUCUUCGCGCUAUCCGAGCUAUAG